AUGGUCAACACAAGCAUGUCCUCCGACUUCACCGUCGACGAAAUCACCCAAGCUGGGCGCAAAGGUCGUACCCACGGCCACAAGUACGACGGCGCCGAUUAUGACCCAGAAUCGAUGAUCUUGACAAUGUCGUCGCCGAUCAGCUGCCUGUGCCUGAUGCUGUUCAUGCCUGGUAUCCCGGCCAAUGUGUAA